AUGAGGCGCUACGGUAUGAGCAAGACUCUGAUGGUUUUGUUCAUGUACGAACUUCAGCGUCGUCUCGCGGGCACAAAGUACUCCGACAUUUCAGUCCUUGCCGUCGAUUCGGGAGCAUUGGGAGGUAGUGGCUUGUUCAAGGAGUCGCCUGCCGCUUUACGAUUUGUUCUUUAUUGGAUGCUGGCUCCCCUUGCUGUAGUAACCACAAUACUCUCACCAAACGGGAACUUCCGCAACUCCAAAGAAAUCGGCGAAAGACCUUCUAAAUUCCAAUUUCGAAGAAGGAACCCUGGGCAAGCAUCCGAAAGCUGCUUAUCUGAAUGGGACUGCAAAAAUGAAACCUAG